AUGCCUCCAAUUAAAUCUACCAAGCGAACUCUUCCAAUACAAAAUUUUGACCAACUUGGAUUCAAGAUUAAAACCGUUGUGCUAAGAAACAAGAAAAAUGCCGCAAGACUUUUCUUUUUAAAAUUAACGGAUCCUGAUAGUAGCAAUGUUGAUACUGUAAUACCUGAAAAUAUUACUAUCGAAGAUUUUUCUGAUCAAAUCGAAAAAUGUAACCUAUGGCCAAACACAAACGACUUCUUAAUUCAUUUUAAUCAUAUUUAUAUAAUCAAAUAUAAAGCUGAUGAGAUUGGAAAAUUACGUAUAAAGCAAGAAUAA